UUAAAAGUCUUUUAUACUUUUAAGUAUAUAGAGAGGUGAAAUUUUAUAAAACUAAAUAUAAAAGUACAUCCAAUAUUUUUUUUUUUUUUUUUUAUAUCAGUUUAGUGUAGUUUAUCGACGAUAUAAUAACACUCAAGGUUGUUUGUUAGUAGUUAUGGCGGAUACAGAAAAUCAAACUUCGGUUGUAACCGCAACGUCUGCGUCUAAUUCACCGCAGGUUUCGUCGUCUCCAAUAAAUAAAAAGGAAAAAAAAGCUAAAAAUCCUAGGACCAAACCAUCUCAUCCACCGACUUCGGAAAUGGUAAACAAUGCGAUCAAAGGUUUAAAGGAACGCGGAGGCUCAUCUUUACAAGCAAUUAAAAAGUAUAUUGCUGCCAAUUAUAAAGUUGAUGCAGAAAAAGUAGCGCCAUUCAUCAAAAAAUAUUUGAAAGCAUCUGUAGUAUCGGGAUCUUUGGUACAAACUAAAGGUAAAGGAGCUUCCGGAUCAUUCAAGUUAGCUUCGGCAACUUCGACUGGUGGUACUUCGGCUAAAACGAAUGCUAUUGACAAAAAGAAAAAGAAAACAGCCGCUUCUACUCCAGGCGUAACUAAAUCCAAAAAAAUUGUAACAGCAGCAAAAAGAAAUGCUAUUAUUGCAGGAGGAGGAGGAGUGGAUAAAUCGAAAAGUAUUAAGAAAUCUAAUAAAGGCAAAAAAACGACAGGUACAGCAGCGGCUUCCUUAAAAACUUCGACAACAACACCAACUACUGAUAAGAAAGGCGUUAAAGUUGCCAAAAAAACAGAUAAAAAAUCUUCGGCUAAAGGAGGAGUCGCCGCCGCCGCUUCCAAUACAGCCAGUGCCGCAUCAUCCGAAAUUAAAACGAAGAAUCCUACUAAAGCAAAAAAAUCCAAUAAAGGCAGUCCCACGAAAAAGCCGAAAGCACCAAAACCGAAAACUGCGAAAGCAGCUGCUAGCAGUUCCUCUCCUAAAGCAAGAAAAGCCGCCGCCGCCGCCGCCGCUCCUAAAAAGAAGAAAUAAAAAGAAUAUUUUUUUUCUGACAGAAAGAUAGUACAACAAUCGAGAAGUAUUAUCGGACUGAUGAUGGGUACGACGACAAUCGACAAUAAUAACAAAUGGCCCUUGUCAGGGCCAC